GUGAUUUAGGGAGAGCACUUCAGUGGCUUUCCAAACCGCCAAUUUCGAAGAUCUCCCGCUGCUACUCGUCCACCUGUGCGUGUUUUUCGAACGUGUCGCGUCAAACCGUCAGUGUUCUUCCGUUCCAAACUUGAACCCUUCGGAUAAUUUUUAAAUCACCUGAGCGCACGCGGUCUGUGACGCGGACGUGUAGUGUGUAAACGACAGGUUACUAUUUUUUCCACCCCACCCCCCACUGAAAAAGUUCCAUUCAGAAAAAAGAGUCGUCGCUACGUCAUGUGUUGCUUGGCAACACGCGUAUAUCGUUGCGUGUGAAUGUUCCGUUAUGAUUUUUGAUUUUCCGAACUGAUUCGUCGCCUAAUUCGAUUGUGGAGUUUGAUUCGGUAUCUUUGGAGGAGUUUUGGAUCUUUUUCGCUUUGAAAUGUCUUGGAUGGCAGAUGAUUCAGAAGAAUAUAUGAGUUUCUGACAUAAUUGGCAAGAAACAUGCUCCAUCAUCCAAUUAUAACCCAGCACAAAAUGCCUGGACGGAGGUGAUGCUGUUUUGAUUCGGGACUAGAGUUUUUCAAAUUGGUGCUCCACACAGAGAGAAAAUGCAUCUUACUACGAACUCACAAACUGUGAGCGCAACAGCAUCCUCACCAGAAGGCACAGUCCUUCUGAAUGAUACCUACACCAAGAUGACGUCUGAUAUCCUAGCCGAAAGAACACUCAACGACUUCUUGUCGGAACAUCCUGGCGAACUUAUCAGAACGGGCAGUCCUCUCUUCGUCUGUACCGUAUUACCGCCUCAUUGGAGGUCAAACAAGACUCUACCAGUGGCGUUCAAAGUGGUCGCGUUGGGUGAUGUGGGGGAUGGUACCGUAGUGACAGUUAGAGCGGGUAAUGACGAGAAUUAUUGUGCGGAAUUGAGGAAUUGUACGGCCGUUAUGAAGAACCAAGUGGCGAAGUUUAAUGACUUGAGGUUCGUGGGAAGGAGUGGAAGGGGAAAAAGCUUCACUCUCACAAUAAUGAUCUCCUCAACACCUCCACAAGUUGCCACCUAUAAUAAAGCCAUCAAAGUCACCGUUGAUGGUCCACGGGAGCCUAGAUCAAAAACAAUUUUUUUUCCAGGACAACAGCAACAGUUUCAUUUCGCCUUCGGUCAGAGACCAUUUCCCUUCGCUACAUCAGAUCCAUUAUCUACAUUCAGAAUGCCACCUAUUGGAAAUUGUAACAAUAUGACACAGUUCGGUCUCACAUCCACUAACUCUCAUUGGGGAUAUGGAGCUGCAGGUGCUUAUUCUCCAUAUUUCACACCAAGCACGCUGGGGUCUUGUGCAGCUCCUACAGCAUCACAGUUCAAUACUCCAGCUCUGGGUUUCUCUGGAACAACCCCUGAACAAUCCUCAACACAGGAUGCUUUCGGCAGCAGUACUUCUGCCACCUCACUACUUCCAGACUCAGCAGCCUCUGAUUUGGAUCAGCACUUGGGGUUGGUUGGCCAGAACCAUAACCACGUCCAAACACAUUCUUCCUCGCUACUCGUUCCUAGAUAUUCCACCACUCACUCAGAUUUCACCUUGUCGGGCGCAAGAUCCAUAUCGGACAACUCAAGUGCAGCCGAAAGUCCAGUCCAAGACGACCUCCUGCCAUCCCAUACAUCCCUCGGUUCGAAUCAUCUCAACAGUGCCAAUGUGCAGCUUCACCAGAACAUGACUUCCAGCAGCGCAUAUCCUAGCUCCAACUGUAACAAUUCUAUAUACCCAGUCUUACCUGCCAGUCUCCUUUACUCUCAGCUUUACUCAGCAGCUAACCAGAGCCACAAUUUCCAUUCCUUCCACUCUCACACCAGCCAGGCUCAUCACAAUGAUAUCCAGAGCGUAAUGGACCAACUUUCGACCAACCAGAGGCAGAUGAAUGGUAGUACUGACCUUCUAUUAGCUAAUAACGUAACGUGCGCAGCCGCAGCGGCACGUCAAGAUGAUGCACACCCAAGGGGCCUCAGCUCUGGUACUCAGCGAGGACCUGCGCAGAAUGGUGAAUCGGUGGUGUGGAGACCUUACUGACUGAGGUUCGUUCAGUUGAUAUCGAAAACAAUGUGAUUAUUUGUGCAAUAUUAGGUAGACUCUCGAUUAUUUUUGAUCGAUUCUCGAAUAUUAUGGACGACGAUAGUUUUUGAAUUUUUGUGAAUUAUCUACAUUGGGUCAAAUUUUAAUUAUGUUAUGUUAUUGUUUUUGUUUGUAUAGAUGCACGAAUUGGAAGUUUUCUGAUUGUUGAACUAAAAUUAAUAUUAUGCUUCUACUGCCUAGGAAAUUGGUGAAAAUAACAACUCGAGACUAUUUUCAGAGUAACAUCCCUAUUUGAGUUGUUUGAACCUUUUUACAAAUUUCUGC